GGGAUGAAACUGAUGAAUCAGAAGGGGAAGACGAUGAUGUUAACCCGGAUAGCCCACGGCCGGUGAAGAUCCAGGAUCCAGUUUGCUCGCUGAACAGUAAUCCAGCUGAGAUCGAGGAAAGAGAACAGUUCUUUGCUUCUCCAACCCCGCCACGAAAAUACAGACAUCGUUGCACGCACUGGAUCACUACAACCACUUAGAAACUUUUAACUAUUUUCUGUUUCACAAUGUUUAGGAGUAGUACUCCUCUGGUUUCUCAAGUGUUUUGUAAAACAUCUGUUAUUUACUUUUUAAUGAAGAUAGGAUGGGGACCCCGAUAAGCAUCUCCCACCUUCGGGUGUUUUGACUAAAAAAAAAAAAACCCUAAACCCUAAACCCUAAACCAUAAACCCUAAAACAAGAUUAGGAAAGAUUUUCGAAUUGCAGAAAAAUGCCGGGACGGGGCAAGGGCGGCAAGGGUUUGGGAAAGGGCGGAGCUAAGCGCCACCGCAAGGUCCUACGUGAUAACAUUCAAGGAAUAACAAAGCCGACCAUUCGCCAGUUGGCUCAUCGAGGCGGCGUUAAGCGAAUCAGCGGAUUAAUCUACGAAGAAACGCGUGGCGUUCUGAAGAUUUUCUUGGAAAACGUCAUACGUGAUGCUGUUACCUACACCGAACACGCCCGCCGCAAAACUGUUACUGCCAUGGAUGUGGUUUAUGCACUCAAGAGGCAAGGCCGUACACUUUACGGCUUUGGUGGUUGAGGUCGUCUUUAGGUUUAGGAUUUUGUGUACAUUUGUUGUAGCUUUCUGAUUUUCAUUAAAGGGUUUGUGGUUUUAAUUGAAUGUAUGGAGUUCAAUGUUCCUUUAAUGAAAUGAUGUUUCGCUUGAAAAAAAAAAAAAA